AUGGGGUGGCAGAAAAAAGCAAAAGAGUUCUUCAACUGUGGUGUUCCCACCCAUAAAGGGGUCUUCUACCUCCUCACCAUAACAGUUCUCAACCUUCUCCUCCCUCUCUCUUUCUUGCUCUUGGCAACUCUCUCUCGUGCUCAAUACUAUCUUCAAACCCUCACUUGGUACCAUUCACCACAACCCUUUCUCUAUUUUUUAUCCCUUGUCUUGUAUAUCAACCCAUCUAUUCUCUACAUUCUUGUUUCCAUUGUAAGCGUAGCUACCUUAAUCCAUGGUUUAACGGGUAAAAUCACCCUUUUCAGCGAGUCAUCUUGUAGCUCUGUUCUACAACCUCGUCUCCACACAGCGUGGAUUCUCCUUUGCAUGUUCCAAGUUUUCGUUGGUUUGGGGAUUGAGGGAAGCAUUGCAGCUGGAGUUUAUGACUCUGACCCGAGUUAUGGUGCUGAGAGAAGCCUCUUAAGCAGGGUGUUUUUUCUGUUGGGAAUGCACGAGACAACUCAAGUUUGGACUAGAAUGGUGGUGAGGCCCGUGGUGGAUAACACUCUGUUCGGCGUUGAAAGAAAAGAAAGAUGGUUUGAGAGGGUGGCCAUGGCUGCAAGCUUAGGCACCUUAUGGUGGUGGAGGUUGAGAGAGGAAGUGGAGACCUUAGUGGUUGUGGCUGAAGCAAAGAAAGAGCAAUUAAUGGAUGUUGGAAUUGGUGACUUUGUUGGAUGGUGGUUGUAUUAUCUAACUGUCACAAUUGGUAUGGUAAGGAUUGUGAAAGGUCUCAUGUGGAUGUUCAUGAUUUCUCUAUGUAGAAGAAGGGUGACAGGGAUUUCCCAUGUGGAAUCAAGUCAGAACGAUGACAAGGUGUGA